UGCAAAUCGGAUUUCCAACGGAUGUGAAACAUGUGGCGCAUAUCGGUUGGGAUGGGCCCAGCGUCCCCAUCAACAAUGCUGGACCACCUAGCUGGGUAAGCCGGCGACGUUAACUGACAUAGGCAAAAAGCGCAUAAAAUGUUUGACGUCAACGCAAUCAAUUUUUCAUGUCUACUUAAUUCUCACUGUCUCUUCCUCAUUUUGACCUGGAAACGAUGAGAUAUUCAAUCAUAAUAUGGAUAUCGUGGCCUGACAAAUGCUGGGUUUGUCAGAUGAAGGAUUACCACUCGGCGCCGCUGGACUCGGCCUCUUUUAGGAGUGAGAGAGGGGCCACAGCUGCUUCGAAUCCUUGGGCUUCUCAAGGUUAUUUUCGCACCUUGUACAAUUUGUUCAUUUCCGCGAUCUUCUUGUCGUGGACUCUCAAUCCCUGUGAAAAUCUUCUGAAAAAAUGGAACCUCGCAAAAACAAAACAUUUUUAAAUUGCAAAAAAAUAUGGCUUGGUUUGAAUGCAUAUACAAUACUGAUCAGAAGAUAUUACCAGCCAAUAGAGCACAACAAAUUGUGAAUGCUUUGGUUUUUGCACAAAAAAAAAAUCGAGUGAACUUUAUAUUGUCACUGAUAGAAAUAGUCAUGGAUGGAGGAAGCCUGGGAGACACCUCGUUCAGGGACACGAGAAGCGAGGCGGUUGGCAUCGACACCGCGGCAGGAGACUCCCCACGGUCCCCAGGCAUGCGCCGGUCAAGGCGGCACCGCUCCCGGGGCUCUGCUACCUCCUCCAUGGACUGCACAGGCGGUGAGACCACGGAGAAGAAGGAGAAGGGCAAGAAGGGCACCCGCAAGAACCGUAAGAAGGACAAGGACAAACCGUCGGCCGGCGACGACGCCGCGGCCGAUGGCGGCAGCUCGGCCACCUGCCAGGACCUCCCCGCCGUGCCCAAGAAGUCCAAUCGCCGGAAAAACAAGGGCAGCUCCGAGGCGGCGACCAAGGAAGGCCCCGGUGCCGCGCCGGAGGAGGGGCCGGUGGCGCCCCUGCCGCAGGUGGACGAGGACAAGGAUCGCGAGUGGUAAUCAUGCGGCUGCGGCCGGCCUUGUAUACGACCCAACUUUGACGUCGUUUUGGAGAUGAAAUUAAGCAUGCAUGCUGCAGAGUACUUCGAGCUUCAUAAGCAGGAUCAAGUGGCGAUCGAUCGAUAUACGCAUAUAGUACUCGAAGAACACAUGCAUCCAAGCGUUGAAGGUUGAUUACACGUUGAUGUAGCGUUCUGGGGAGUGGGUGUGCACGCACAAAUGCCAU